CGAAGGGAGUGGCAGCCGCGAGCAACGAUGUGGCGGGCAGACGGGAGUGACGGUAGGAGCCGAAAGCCAGGAGCAGGCUAGGGUUAGAGGGUGAGAUGGCGGCUGGGCUAGAUAGGCCGGCCUGAGCAGCUGGGCCAUCGGACGCCCCGCGGACGCUGCAGGCGAAAAAUUGCCCCGGCGCUCUAAAACCCGCCGCAUCGUCCCCCACCCCGUCCCCGCCGGGUCUAAACCCGCGGGGACCCAACCCGUUGCCAGCCUUAACUAGCGCAGCCAUUUCACGCGCCCCGCGCCCGGCCGCCGGCCGGCCGAUCCGCUUCUCCCCUCCCUCGACGCCGCCCUCAGCCACCGGCAUUCAUGGAACGCGUCGGCGGCGAGGCGCCCCCCCCCCCGGCUGCGGAAGCAGCAGCAGGAGGGGGAGGAGGGGUGGCCAAGGGGAAGUCGUUCAAGGGCCGCCUCUUCUACUCGUCGGUGCUCAGGUCGCGAGCCCGGGGUCCCGUCUGCGUCGGCGUCACCCGCGCCAUCCCACAAGUUCCUGAGCGUAUGAUCGGAUAAAUUGAACUGGAAUCUAUCCAAGAAGGUAGCAACCUUUCGGACUUCAAAUAUGCAUGUGUUGGUUAUUCAAUAUACCUAGAUGACAAGGAAACUUCUAUGGGGAAACAAGAGAAGCAAGUGCAGUCGCAGCUACCUAUUUGUGUUGGAGUCGAGCUAUUGGCCGAUAGAAGAACCCCAACUAAGCAAACCCCACCUGACCUGAAGAAAGAAGCUACUCAACCAUACAAACCAGGGCAUGAAGGAGACAAUUCCUUGACUAAAUUUCAGAGGAAUGCUGGGCUUGUGGCCAAUGGUGUGGCUAGGAACCUGAAUAAAGUUGGGACUUAUGUCGAAGACACUGUGGGUGAUAUGAUGUACCCUUACCGCAAGGGUCCCAAAUAAAACAUAGGCCUUUGGCUCUCUUUAAAUCUUGAAGAGUAGGCAUUAGACAAGAGUGUCCAAUCAAUCACUCCCCAAAUCACCUGGCAUAGAAGCAGUCUUCUAUUGGUUUUGGAGGAUCUAGAAAAGAUCGCAAUGAGAUUUCAUUGUUAGGAAAAUAGCCCCUUGGGACAUGUUACUGCAUUUCACUAUCUGUUGGGGCUUUGGUAUCAUGUUUUUUUCCUAGCCCCCACUGCCGGGGGGAGUGUCAGAUUAGUCACUCCCCAAAGCAAUCGUUAUUUUGGUGGGUUCCUCCAGUGAUGUACAGGAUGUUGUAAUCGAACAUUAAAACUGCCCCGUUGUUGCCCAGUUGUGGCUAUGCGUUUGAGAAUAAUAUCAAGUCACCGUUGUGACCCCCGAUGAU